GCUGUUGUGCAAGAGCGUAAUGUCUCUCUGUUGAAUCUGGAGCUGCCACUCUGGAUAUUUCUUGUACAAUGCGACCGCUUAUUUCUGUUUUGUUAAUUUUUGCUGUUACUGGCUGCAUCAGAGCCAAGAAGAUGCGUUGGUGCACAGUUUCUGAUCCAGAACAGAGGAAGUGUGCAGAACUGGCCAAGUCUCUGGUGGCAGUGCUGCCUCCGUCUGCUGUCGCAGCUUUUGCCAGGCUGUCUUGCAUCCGAGCUUCCAGUACAACAGACUGUAUUGACAAGAUUAGGGCUAACCGUGCGGACAUUGUGACGUUAGACGCUGGUGAGGUUUAUUCCGCAGUGAGGCAGUUUGGACUAGUUGCCAUUGCCAAGGAAAUAUACAGAGAUGGAGGCUGCGUCCUCUCUGUGGCCGUGGUGAGAAACAGCAGUGUGGACAUCAGGUCCCUGCAGGGUCUCAGGAGUUGCCACAGUGGGGUCAGAUGGACUGCAGGCUGGAGUCUUCCACUUGGCUUCCUGCUGUCCCGCAACUACCUGAGCUGGUCCAAGGAGCAGCCGCUGAGUCAGGAUGUCAGCAAUUUCUUCAAUUCCAGCUGUGCUCCAGGAUCUUCUACCAUGGCGGCGCCGCUGUGCGCUCUGUGCCGGGGUCAGAAGUCCUACAUUCGUCAGAAGAACUACAACUGUGAGACGUCGCACAGUGAACCAUUCUUCAACAGCCAAGGAGCCCUCAGAUGCCUCAGGAGCGGGACCGGCGACGUUGCUUUUGUGGAGCAUCUUGCUCUUGAAAGAAUUGAUGAGAGCGAGGCCGGAGACUUCCACCUGCUCUGUCCCGACGGCACUCAGGCUCCUCUCAGUCACUACAGGAGUUGUAAUCUGGGGCGAGGACCGGGAGCAGGAAUGGUCACCAGAUUAAACUUCCGUAAAAUUGCUCGCAAAUUUCUCCAGACUGCACAGGUGUUGUUUGGACCCAGAGGUCGUGAGCGUCAGCGCUUCCAGCUCUUCAACUCAUCCUCUCCAGGAGAAAGUGACCUCCUUUUUAAAGACAUGACUGAUAAACUGGCCAUCCUGGCGGACAACAUGGACGUCAGCCAAGUGCUGGGGCUGGAUUAUGUUGCACUCCUUAAAGGUCUUGGACAUGAAGGAAGUUCUCUGGAGGACAGCGUUGUGCGAUGGUGCUGCAUCAGCCACGCAGAGCUGAAGAAAUGCGAGGAGUGGGCUCUCAACAUUAAAUCCGACCCGCUGGUGUGCGUGCGAGCCGUGUCUCUGCGUGACUGUGUGGAGAAGAUUAAGCGGGACGAGGUGGAUGCUGUUUCACUUGAUGCAACACACUCAUUCAUUGCCGGGAAAUGUGGACUUGUCCCAGUGGUGACGGAAUAUUACGGGAGUAACUGCUUGGCAGCCAAUGGAUCGGCCCAUUUAGAAGUGGAUGUGCUGCCCUCAGUAGUUGCUGUCGCAGUAGCGAAGAGAACCAGUCGCAGCAUCUACAUGGGGAAUCUCGGGGGGCGCAGGUCCUGUCAGGGGCGCGUGUACAGUCCUGCUGGCUGGCUGCUGCCCUACACGCACAAUUUGAGCGUGGAACACAACAGCAGCGCCCCCUGUGAUCCGGACCGGGUCUACAACAAGGUGUUUUGGAAAGGCUGUCUCCCUGGCACCGAAGGAAAUCUGUGUAAAGUCUGUAUUGGAGGAACAGGAGAAGCUGCAACCAAGCGUUGUGCUGACAACCACAAUGAGCGCUAUUAUGGCAACAUUGGGGCGUUGAGGUGUCUGGUUGGUGACCCAAGUGGGAAAAGCUUUGGUGACGUUGCCUUCCUGGAGCAGCACAACCUCCAGGCCAAUAUCCUCAGCUUGAGUUCCACUGGUUGGGCGGAAGGAUGGACGUCAUCGGAUUUUGAGCUGCUCUGUGCUGAUGGCAGUCGGGCCUCAUUGUCAUCAUGGAGGACCUGUAAUUUGGGUGUGAUCCCUCCUAACACUGUCAUGACACGACCGGUGCUUACUGCACGCGUCUACGACUUUCUCGUAAAGUCGCAGGAAACUCUUGCAGCCAACCCAAACUCAGAGUUCAAGCUCUUUGAGUCUCAACAGUAUGGAGAGAGCGAUCUGCUAUUUAAAGAUGCCACACAGUGUUUGGUCCACACCAGCCACAAGGACUACCGUUCCAUUUUGGGGGAGGAAUUUUACCUCCAAGCAGAAACAGUUUUCAACUGUACUCAUUCAGAUAUCUUGGAGUUUUGCAGUCAAGAUGUUUGCAGCAUUUUUCAGUGAAUAUAAAAAACAAUAGAACUUCAUCUCCACCUUGUAUGUACUGUAGUAUAAAAUACCAAAACCACCAGAAAUACAAAAAAAUGUUGAAUUAUUUGC